AUGUCAUCAUCAAGUGAAUCGUCAUCCAAUAUUCCACCAACCAAUCAGCAAAAGAUUGAAAUUAUUAGGAAGUCCAUUGAAUUGUUUCAACAUGAUAAAAUUCUUGAUGCCUACGAUUUGUUGAAGAAACAAUAUUCCAUCACUGAAAAUUCCAUUUCUUCUCUACUUGAGAGCAGGGAAUCAUCUUCCGAUAUUGAUGAACAGGAAGAACAGAAUGAAACUCUUAGCAAGGAGGAAGCAGAAUUGGUCAAGCUAAUAUACAAGGAUGGAGCUCUGGCGAAAAUGUUACUUUCUGAAUUUUCCAGUAGUGCUGGAUGGAAUACUUGUGUUGAUAAGGAUGAUUGUAAAACAUUCUACAAGCAAACGUGUAAAAUUGAUGGAGGAAAGGGAGGAUCGGAGGCAGAGCCAUCAUUGCAUGCCAUUAAAAUUGAGGGAAUUAUAGAGACACCUGUUUUUAACUUGAUGUCUAUAUUGUAUGAGGUUGAUUUGUAUAAGAAUUGGGUUCCUCAAUUGGGUGAAUGUGGAGUAAUCAAAUAUUUGGGUGGAAAUGGAACAUCGAGAUUUAGAUUUCUUUCGUAUUUUAGUUUUAAUUUGCCAUGGCCAAUGUCUUCAAGGGAUUCAUUGACCUAUGCUUUUGUGGUGGAUCGUUCUGAUUAUGAACAGGAUCCCUCGAUAUUGGUUGUAAUUAGAGGAGCUGAUACGCACAAGGAUUCUUCACUUGCUGAUCUUAUUUCAAAACAUGAUAAUCAAACACAUGUGAGAGUGGGAAUUGAGUAUGCAGGAUUUUUAAUUAAAAUGUUAUCAGAAGAUACCUGCCAUGUUUCACUCAUUGCUAAUGUAGAUCCAAAACUGAGCUAUAUUCCAAUUUGGUUUCAAAAUUGGUUGACCAAUAAUUUGAGCUAUUUAAUGAUUUCAAAAUUGAGACAAGCUGCUGAAAAAGUUCCAAACUCUGAAUACAGUGUCAGAAUUAAGAAUAACGAUCAGGUUUAUGGUGAAAUUACGAGAAGACUUUCAAAAUUCCUAGUCACCCACAAUUUAAAAAAGUAA